AUGGUCUACGUGGAAGGCGCAGCCAAAGUUAUGCGGAACUACAGGCGGCUCAUGAUGACGCGCAUUGCUUGGUCCGAGGCUGCACGUUCCCGGGGCGGGGAGGACGUGGAAUGGAAGAACCCCGAUUCAGAUGUCGAGGGGGAGGCUGGUGCAAGCACCUCCGCUGUUGCUGCGAAAGGAACGGCUACUGAUGACGCGCAGUCUUUGGAGGAUAACUAG